AUGCUUUAUACCCAGCAACAACAACACCAACAGCUAUUACAACAGCAUCAGCAGCAACAGCAACAACAACAACUGCAACAGCAGCAAGCUCAGUCAACUAAUGGAGGCACGGACGCUCAGAGUCUGUCUAACAGUGGUCCAGAGAAAGAGAUGAAUUUGGCGGGAGUGUUGCACUAUCUACAAAGCGAGUGGAGAAGAUGGGAAAGGGAUAGGAAUGAAUGGGAGAUCGAAAGAGCUGUCAUGAGAGCUCGAAUAGCUCAGCUGGAAGGACAACGAAAGUCCGCAGAGAACCUCAAAGUGGAUCUCCUCAAACGGGUCAAGUUGUUGGAACAUGCUCUUCGUACAGAAAGAGCGGCUUCCAGAAUGAGUGGCGGGACUUUUGGACGCUCAGCGUUGCCUCCCAGCCGACUAGCGGCGCUCCAGGAUGAGGAUGGUAAAAGUCGGGAUGAGAAAGAGAGCAACGCAAGCGAGGGAAGUGAUGAAGCUGAUAAUUUAGACCGACCAAAAAUAAAUGGUACAAGUGGAUCAGGUGUGAAUGGCACACCAUCAUUGGCCAUGCCGAUGAGUCGAGCGGCUACUGUGGCACUGCGACAAAAUGCAGAUGGAAAUCCUUGGAAGAAUGUCGGAACAGCAUCGAGAGAUCCGAAAUCUCGAGCCAGGAGUAGAGAGUACCUUAAACAAUGUCUUCAAGAAAUCACAUAUCUCACCUCGCCAGGUGCAUUAAAUCCCCUGUCACCCCGACCCCCGAUCUCUUUCGACUCGCUCGCUCCUGAAGAUCAAUCAGGCCCAAGCGGUGACGACCGCAAACCUCCCUCAGUUCUCAUAUCACCACCCGACCGUCCCCAAAAACUUCUCCCGGAAAAUCCCCCACCGUCACUACUCUCCCUGGUCAAAGAAGACACCAAAGACGUUCCUCUUGUGCCGAACGGCAUCUCUAAUGGAGGACCUCGGGAAGUCAACGUCAAGCAGGAACGUCCUCCAUCUCCUUUGGCGGCCAAUUUGAGGGAAGAUACCAAGGAAGAAGAGGCUAUGCACGAUAUUCCUCUCGGUGGGGUGGAUGAGAGAAAUCCUCCUUCCUCACCUGCUGUACAGACUAUGAGUUUACCAGAUCCUGAUCAAACGGAGGAAGGGACUCAUCUUUUGACAGCGAUAUAUAGGCCAGACUCAAAAGCGGCAUGGCGGGAAGAGCUGCGGGCGGCCAACGAGCAGGCCGAGAAAGCUCAGAUAAGUCGUGUCAAACCUACGCCCCUUGACGAUGAUCAACUUUCUUCCAUCUCAUUCACUUCCACCGAUGAAGAUAUAAUGCUAUCUGAAGGACUCGAUAAAUCCUUUCAUGGUCGCCGGACACUUAAAUCCCACUUAGACAUAGUUCGUUCAGUAUCCUUCGCUCAUGGUCCCCACAUCGUCCUCGCGUCUGGAGGAGACGACUGCACCGUCAAAAUAUGGUCUAUAGAGACUACCAGCAUCAUGACAGGUCAUCGACCUCCAUCUGAAUUAGAACCAAUUGUAACAUUCCGUGGUCAUACCGCACCCAUCACAUCCGUCUUGAUAUCUAGCAUGUCAAAACCUACUGGUCUGGUGUUCUCUGGAAGUAUGGAUUCUACCAUACGAGUGUGGAGAUUGCCUCCUGGAAAUCAUGAUCCUUAUGCUCCUUACGACCCGAAUAUGUCGGUGCAGACAUUGGAGAGUCAUGGAGAAGCAGUUUGGGACUUGUGUCUUUUACCAUGUGCGGAUAUCAAAGGGAAGAAUAGGGGAGAUGUCAGACUUGCCAGUGCAAGUGCGGAUGGGUCAGUGAAGAUUUGGGAGUUACAGGAAUCAGAUGGAAAGGAACUCUGGGUACCUGUGGAUAGUCUCAAAACUUGGGGGAAGGUACCGACAACGGUGGAAAUGUUGAAUGAACAAUUCGGGAAGUUGUUGAUUGGUUUGGAUACGGGCGAGGCUCAAGUGUGGGAUAUUGAUUCUUCGCCUGCCAGAUGUGAAAGGACGUUUGGCGAGGAGACCCUGAGCACUGAUAAAGCAGAUGGACAAAUUAACGGCAUAUUAUCUCAUCCUACCUUACCUCUAGUUGUGACCGCCAGUGAAGAUGGUCGUUUGAGAUUCUACGACACUCAAAGUGGCAAUAUGACACAUAACAUCCUUGCUCACCCUUCACCCUUAACAUCAAUCAUCCUCUCUCCUCUUUCCCCAAUGUCACUCAUCACAUCCAGCACAGAUUGCACUAUGCGGGUGUGGGAUAUAGCGAAGAAAACUUCUUUACAAGAUCUUAUUGGACAUCGACAAAGAUCCGACGAGGGAGUUUGUGGGAUGGCGGGACAUCCGGAAUUACCGGUGUUGGCUAGCGCCGGUGCGGAUGGGGUAGUGAGGGUUUGGGCUGCCGUCUGA